GGGGAGCGGGAGCCAUGCCGGGUCUGCUGCUGGGCGACGAGGCGCCCAACUUCGAGGCGGAGACCACGCAGGGCCGCAUCCGCUUCCACGACUUCCUGGGAGACUCAUGGGGCAUUCUCUUCUCCCACCCACGGGACUUCACACCCGUCUGCACCACAGAGCUUGGCCGGGCGGCGAAGCUGGUGCCUGAGUUCAGCAAGCGCAAUGUGAAGAUGAUCGCGCUCUCCAUUGACAGUGUCCAAGACCACCUCUCCUGGAGCAAGGACAUCAACGCAUACAAUGGGGAACAGCCCGAGGAGAAACUCCCCUUCCCCAUCAUUGCUGAUGCGAACCGGGAGCUUGCUGUCAAGCUGGGCAUGCUGGACCCAGAUGAGCGGGACAAGGAUGGCAUGCCCCUAACGGCUCGCGUGGUGUUUGUUUUUGGCCCGGAUAAGAAGCUGAAACUCUCCAUCCUGUACCCAGCCACCACUGGGAGAAACUUUGAUGAGAUCCUGAGAGUGGUGGACUCCCUGCAGCUGACGGCGUACAAGAAGGUCGCUACCCCUGUGGACUGGAAGCCUGGUGACAGCGUCAUGGUCGUGCCCACCUUACCUGACGAGGAAGCCAAGAAGCUCUUUCCCAAAGGAGUCUUCACGAAGGACCUCCCGUCGGGCAAGAAGUACCUGCGUUACACCCCGCAGCCGGAGUGAACGGGUCUGCCCGUCCAUCCUGCUGGGCUGCAGGUCGUUCCGCAUCAGGAGCCUUCCCUGUGCCCAGCUCUGGCCUCCCUGGCAGCAUGUGAUCAGCAGCCUCGUACCGUCACCCUGAUGGUGCAUCGCAAUACUAAACCAAUCCUUUCCAUCCCUUUCAUCCCCCACUUCCCCUCAAAACUAAAACCCUGGGUGUUUUCUUGCCUUGAAUCAGCCCUGCAAGGAAGCGGUUAGCAGACCAGUCAGGGCUCCCGGGCUUGCACUGUGGAGUCUCUCCUGUUCGGCUCUUCCUAGAGGCACAGUGAGAGGUGUGGUGUCAGCAGCCAGGCCCCGGAGGGGUGUCUUGGUGGGCUCACAUGCCUCCCAUCAGGGAGCUUCAGGGGCUCCAAACUGCUGCGUGCCUUUUGGAGCAGCCAUCACUAAUGCAUUAACACCUUUGUCUGGUCUCGUGCGUUGGGAGGAGCUGCAGAGCCAAAUCUCUCACUUCUUAACUGCUUUCUCAUCUCUUGCUGGAAGUUGAUUGUUUUCAGGUUUUAUGGAAGAGGGAAUAGAGCAAAUAAACUGAUCUUCAGUACUA